ACGACGGGGUCUGGGGCCCAAAAAUCCAAGAUGGCGGCCAUGUUGUGACAGGCUCACGAAUGCCACAUUUUUCUCUCCUUUCUCCCGCCCGCUACUUACUUCCAAUCUCGACAUAAGUCAAAUAAUCACCUCUACAGUUCUUUCUAAUCGUUCAAGUCGAUAGUAGAGUCGUUUUAUCGGCAAGAUGAAUGUGAUUUUGGCAGUGAAACAGUAUGUGACAAAGAUGAUUGAGGAAAGUGGGGCCGGAAUGAAAGUUCUUUUGAUGGACAAAGAAACGACUGGCAUCGUUAGUAUGGUGUACUCCCAGACUGAAGUUCUACAAAAAGAGGUCUAUCUCUUUGAACGAGUGGACACACCAGGUCGUGAGACAAUGAAACAUCUCAAAGCCAUCUGCUUUCUUAGACCUACACCGGAAAAUAUUGACCAUUUAUGUAGUGAGCUGAAGUCACCAAAAUAUGGUGUUUAUUACAUAUAUUUUAGCAACUUUGUUCCCAAGGCCAGCAUUCGUGCACUGGCAGAAGCAGAUGACCAGGAGGUUGUUAGGGAAGUCCAGGAGUAUUACGCUGAUUACUUUGCCAUUAGUCCACAUGUUUUCUCCCUGAACUCGCCAGCUAGCAUGAAGGGGGGGCAAUGGGACAUAGACUCUCUUGACAGGUCAUGUGAAGGGGUCCUUGCCCUUCUGCUGUCCCUUAAGAAAUGUCCGAUGAUCAGAUACCAGCAGUCAUCAGAGGUGGCUCACAGACUCGCUGAAAGGAUAAGGCAAAAAAUCAAUGGGGAAGCCAAGCUGUUUGAUUUCCGUAGGCCAGAUGUCCCCCCUCUACUGUUGAUACUUGACCGACGAGAUGACCCAGUGACACCCCUUCUGAACCAGUGGACAUACCAAGCCAUGGUACACGAGUUGCUGACCAUAAGGAAUAACAGAGUGGACCUGUCAAAGUGUCCAGAUGUCGCUAGAGACCUACAGGAGGUUGUGAUGUCUGCUGAACAUGAUGAGUUUUAUCAAAAGAACAUGUACCUGAAUUUUGGUGAAAUUGGACAAAAUAUAAAGACUUUGAUGGACGACUUUCAGCAACAUGUCAAGAGUAACCAGAAACUGGAGUCCAUCUCUGACAUGAAGAACUUUGUGGAGAAUUACCCCCAAUUCAAGAAGAUGUCAGGUACCGUCUCCAAACACGUGACCAUGGUGAGCGAGCUGUCUCGGCUGGUCAGUGAUCGGUGCUUGCUGGAUGUCUCAGAAAUUGAACAAGAGCUGGCUUGUCAGAAUGACCACUCUGCUGCCUUACAGAACAUCCGCCGACUGAUGGCUAACGAUAAGGUGUCGGAGCUGGACUUGCUUAGAGUGGUCAUGAUCUACGCAUUACGAUACGAGAGGCAUACGAACAACGAUGUCUCGACCCUGGUCAACAUGCUUGCCCGACGGGGGGUUGGAGAACAAUACAAACGGCUUGUCCCGGCUAUUGUACAGUACGCCGGACGAAGUGUCCGGGGCAGCGACCUGUUUGGACAGAACAAGACGCCCCUCUCACUGACACGCAAGAUUCUCAAAGGGCUAAAGGGAGUUGAAAACAUCUACACUCAGCAUGCGCCUCUGCUGUCUGAGACCAUUGAUGGCCUGAUCAAAGGCAGACUAAAAGAUGCCCAGUUCCCCUAUAUGGGCCACGCCCAGUUAAGAGACAGGCCCCAAGACAUCAUCGUAUUUAUUGUUGGCGGAGCUACGUAUGAAGAGGCUCAAGCAGUGUACAACAUCAACAAGACUCAGCCUGGAAUUAAGGUCAUCCUAGGCGGAACUACCAUUCACAACUGCAGAAGUUUCCUGGAAGAGGUUGUAUCUGCCACAAGUCACGCCGCCAGCACCCGCGCCAGACCACCGAGCGGGCCCUAUAGUAGGUCCACUGUGUCGUCAUCCUUCUUCUAAACCCAGGCUAGUGAAAAACAACGAGACAGGCACACUAUUUUAGCGUUUAUUUCCUUCUUCUAAACCCAGGCUAGUGAAAAACAACGAGACAGGCACACUAUUUUAGCGUUUAUUUUCUUCUUAUGAAUCCAGGCUGGUAAAAAUAUUCAAAGUAAUUAUUGGUGUUGAAUAACGAGACAGACACACUAUAGUAGGUAUCAUCAUCUUCUUAUGAAUCCAGGCUGGUAAAAAACAAUGGGACAGUGGGACAAUGAGAAUAUUGCGCCUAUUAUCUCCUUCUUAUGAAGGAGGGCUCAAGGUAACCAUUUUAUUCUAUCAAGAACAAUGACACAGACACUAGUGCUAUAGUGAGCGGAUGAUCCUGUAUCGUACCAAGAACUACAAGAUAGUCACGCUAGUCGAUUAUCCACAGCUAGUAAUUCGCAUCAAAAGCCAGGUAGAGGGUGUAAAAGAGUUUUAAAGAUUACAGUCAUUCAAUGUUUCUAAUGCCGGGGAUCAAAAUAAACUAAAAAAAUUGCUGUUUAGAUAGAUACAAGUAAGCCGGAGAAAGCUCUUCUAGAUUGAUUUGAUUGUAUAUAUACAAAAUAAAGAUAAUUGCAAUACAAAGUACUUUUGAAUCUAGAUAAACUGUACUUAGAUAAAGAAGGAUCAAACCAGGAGAGCUUUUUCCUAGCAUGCCAUGUACCAGAUUAGGUAGGUGCUUCACGAUGAUUCUUUGAAGUGUCACGGCCGGUAUGGAUACCAAGAGAACGGCAGAGGGAAUCAUACGUGAAGUAUCAAUUAAAAAUUAAAAAGGUUUCAGUCGUAUGCAUGCAAGAUUGUUUAUAGCUCACGAAUAAUUAGAGAAAAAAGUAUAUUUAAGCAAA